CUGCGCCACUCUGAUUUGUUGUUCAUAUUUCAUUUUAAUGGCUAUAUCAGCAUAAGGUCGACAUUGUGAAUUCAACGCCGAAAUAGUUGUUUCCGUGUUCUUUCUAUACAUUCGAUUCGAAAAAUCAAACAAAUUAUUAUUCAUUUGUAUGAUUGAUCAAUCUCAUCUGCAAUCAAAACAAUCACACAGAGCGAGAUUUUGGGUUGUUACAUUCAGAUCCACACGUCUCAGUUUUGGCGUCAAUGUCGCUUCUCAAUCAACUCUUCAACAGAGGCGUCCUUGGCCCAAAAUGUAAAACAUGCUUGAAUUUGGCAAUCUCGCGAUUCAAAUUGUUGCAAAACAAGAGAGAUCGGCAGCUCAAGCUUAUGCGCAGGGAGAUAGCCCAGUUUCUGCAAGCUGGCCAGGAAGCCAUAGCUCGGAUACGGGUGGAGCAUGUUAUAAGAGAACAAAACAUAUGGGCGGCAUACGAAAUCUUAGAGAUGUUCUGUGAAUUCGUUCUUGCUCGUGUCCCUAUUCUUGAUAGCCAGAGGGAAUGCCCUUCAGAAUUGCGUGAGGCUGUUGCAAGCAUAAUCUUUGCGGGUCCCAGAUGUUCAGAUGUGCCUGAUUUGUUGCAUGUGAGGAAUUUAUUUGCUGCAAAAUAUGGGAAGGAGUUCAUAUCAGCUGCGUCUGAGCUUCGGCCUGAUACCAGUGUCAACCGUACAAUAGUUGAGAAACUUUCAGUCAGUGCUCCAUCUGUGGAAAUAAAGCUCAAUGUAUUGAAGGAUAUUGCACAAGAGUACAAUGUGGAGUGGGAUUCCUCCAAAACUGAAGCUGAAUUUAGUAAAACACCCGAGGAUCUGCUGAAUGGACCAAAGCAAGUACAUGGUGGCACACCACUUUCUCAAGCUCCCUCUAGAGAAGGCCUACAUGAACAUUCACCUUCUAACGAAGCACAUUCUAUCAUGUCAGCACCAAAGAAAGCGGGCCUCGAAUCCCAUCAAUCUCCAAGCCCUGACAACAUCAAGCCCCUGUUAAGUCACGAUGCAACUAAGUCAUCAAUGAACGAUAAUGCAACACAAGUUAGUGAAUUAAAAAAGGAGAUGAGACGGCAAUCGUCUGAUGCAUUGGAGAGAGCUCACACUGCUAUUGCCGCUGCAGAGCGUGCAACAGCCGCUGCCCGUGCAGCUGCUCAAUUGGUGAAUGUUAAAUUUAGCACACACAAACUAGAAGAACCAAAGAGUUAGAACUACCAAGUGCUCAAUAAAAAAAUGAUUUUGCUUUAAUGAAGGUCGUAUGAGAAAGAAGAAAAUAUACGACAAUAAAGGUAAUACAUUCUCGACUUUCUUGGUUAAUAAGAAGUGUAUAUCCCAGUGUGAAUUAGUAAUAUGUGUGGUUAUUAUGUAGUUCCAGUGCUGUUAUAUCUUUUUUAUUGUGCAGUUAAGCAUUUGAAAAGUCCUUUCCUGCGAAACAGUAUAUAUAUAUAUGUAAAUCUCACAGCCGACAUUUUACGAAAUGUAGUACUGGUACUACUUUCUUUUGGUUGAACUCACUUUAACAGAUAUGUGACACUACCAUAUGAAUUUCAUAUACAGUAUUUUUCUUUU